AGAACCUCUAUAACAAGCUGAGGCUCUGUCUGCUGUUCCGCCCCUAUAUAUAUCUCUUCUUUCGUUCCAUCUCCAUCGUCGAGCCCGAUCGGUAACGUAAAAGAAAAGGUAAGAAGCAAUAUCAAAGAUGGGAUCCUUCUUCUCCACCCUUCUGAAUCCCGGUGCCGCAGCCGCAGCGGAGGAAGAAGGUUCAGCCGUCGUUGCCGUCCACUCUAAAGAAUCCUGGAACGAACACUGGACAGCCCAUAAAAACACGAACAAGCUACUGGUGAUUGAUUUCUCCGCUACUUGGUGCGGGCCUUGCCGUUUCAUAGAGCCGACCUUCAAGGCUCUCGCUGCAAAGUUCACGGAGGCUUCAUUCGUCAAAAUUGACGUUGACGAGCUCUCGGAAGUGUCCCAGCAGUGGAAGGUUCAAGCGAUGCCUACUUUCGUGCUUGUGAAAGGUGGGAAGGAGGUGGCGAGAAUUGUCGGUGCUAAGGAGGCGGAACUCCAGGGAAAGGUUGCACAGUUCAUAGCCUAACCUGAAUGGUGAUUUCACGAAUUUCUUUCUAUAUUUUUAAUAAUAUUGUGUGUUAGGCAGUUGAUGGGUUCCAAUCUGCCUGAUUUUAUCUUAAUUGUCUGGAUGUUUUGUAUGAAUUGGUAUUUUCUGCAUUGUCUUGAUAAUUUGAGGCUUUCUACCAUAAAAGUAAUAGCUUGAUCCUUUUAUUAACGUUUCUAAUAUUUGUUUUCAAUGUUA